CCCUUGGAGCGCCGGGCGCAUCCGCCAGCCCCGGCCGGCUGCUCCCCCCGCCGGCCAGCCGGGAGGGGAAGGAGGAGGAGGAGGAGGAGGAGGCGCGGAGCCCUCCGCCCCCUGCGGCGGAGAGGAGGGGAGGAAGGGGUGUGAGGCGUUAGGACCCGGCGGCGCGGGCCGGCUCGGGGUCCGGGGCGGUGCGGGGGGAGACGCCGCUGCCUCCUCUCCCCCUCCUUCCUCCCACAGCCGCCCCUGCCCGUCGAGGCAGCACUCCCAGGCUCCCCUGGGGCGCUCGGCAUGAGGAGGAUCAGGGCCAAUGCCAUCGCUAUCCUGACCGUCGCCUGGAUCCUGGGCACUUUCUACUACUUAUGGCAGGACAACAAACCCCGCUCGGCGGCCGCCGGCAGGUCCGCCGGCAGCGGCGGGGGGAGCGGCAGCUCCCGGAGCGGGCAGAGGUCGGCAGGCAGGCUGGAGCUCCGCCGGGAAGAGAGGACCAUCCCCUUCAUCAUGACAAGGGCUCCCCAAGGAGAGAAGAACAGCCGGAAGGGUUUUGAUGAAAAGGCUUACUUGUCCUCAAAGCUACUGAAGGCUGGAGAAGACCCAUACCGCCAGCAUGCUUUUAAUCAGCUGGAGAGUGACAAACUGGGGAGCGAUCGGCCCAUUCGGGACACCAGGCACUACAGGUGCACUUCUCUACACUAUGACACGGACUUGCCAGCCACCAGCCUCAUCAUCACCUUCCACAACGAGGCACGUUCCACCCUGCUCCGCACGGUGAAGAGCGUCCUGAAUCGCACCCCUCCCAGCCUCAUCCAGGAGAUCAUUUUGGUAGAUGACUUCAGCUCAGAUCCUGAGGAUUGCCAGCUCCUUACCAAGAUCCCAAAGAUCAAGUGUCUGCGCAACACCAGGCGAGAAGGGCUGAUUCGUUCUCGGGUACGAGGAGCUGAAGUGGCCACUGCUGAUGUCCUCACCUUCUUGGACAGUCACUGUGAAGUCAACAGUGAGUGGCUGCAGCCAAUGCUUCAGAGAGUGAAAGAGGAUUAUACUCGAGUGGUGAGUCCUAUCAUUGAUGUUAUCAGCCUGGAUAAUUUUGCCUACCUGGCAGCUUCAGCAGAUCUGAGGGGAGGAUUUGACUGGAGCCUUCACUUUAAGUGGGAGCAGAUUCCUAUAGAGCAGAAGAUGUCCAGAACAGACCCAACUCAGUCUAUAAGAACCCCUGUCAUAGCAGGAGGCAUCUUUGUGAUCAACAAAUCCUGGUUUAACCACCUGGGAAAAUACGAUACUCAAAUGGACAUCUGGGGAGGUGAAAAUUUUGAGCUCUCUUUCCGGGUGUGGAUGUGUGGUGGCAGCUUGGAGAUCGUUCCCUGCAGCCGAGUGGGACAUGUGUUCAGGAAGCGCCAUCCCUAUGACUUCCCUGAGGGCAAUGCACUGACUUACAUCAAGAACACCAAGCGCACAGCAGAAGUGUGGAUGGAUGAAUACAAGCAGUACUACUACGAGGCUCGGCCGUCUGCCAUUGGAAAGUCAUUUGGAAGUGUUGCAGACCGAGUGGAGCAGCGACGCAAACUGAACUGUAAAUCAUUCCAGUGGUAUCUGGAGAAUGUCUACCCCGAGCUCAAGAUUCCUGAAAAGGAGCAGAUUCCAGGAAUAAUUAGACAAGGAGGAAACUGCCUGGAGUCUCAGGCACAGGAUACCACAGGGAAUAUAUUGGUUGGCAUGGGAAUCUGUAAAGGAACAGUGAACAAUCCACCUGUCAUUCAGGAAUGGGUAUUCAGUGACCCUCUAAUUAGGCAGCAGGACAAGUGUCUUUCCAUUACCUCCUUCUCUGCUGGCUCUCAAAUCACACUGGAAGCCUGCAAUCAAAAAGAUAGCAGACAGAAGUGGAAGAUGAAAGGCAGUUUCAUUCAACACUUUGUCAGUGGUCUCUGCCUGGAAAACCAGACUGGGAGAGUGAUGACCAACCCUUGCCAAGCAGAUAUAGCUGGCCAACAGUGGGAGCUGCUACAAGCAACAUGAUGGCAGCACAGAGAUCUCCUUGUUUCUUUGUGCAUGAGACUUUGGGAACAGAGGGGGACUGGAAAGGGAGGAAUGGUUUUGUACAUCUGAUCCUAAAUGUUUUCAUUGUGCCCAUCAGCAAGCCACUAUUUCAGCUGAGCAGUCGAUGUCUAUGAGCUUUUCAGAGAAGAAGCUGGAGGUGAGAGAGGGAUGAGAGUUGCUGGAGUUUUCCCAUCUGUUGUCCUAAGUUCUCCUUUGUAGCUGAUGUCAGUGCACAGCAGCAUCCAGAAGAGGAAGGAGGACCCAGCCCAGCAUUCAGAGGGACCAGAACUACCUUGCAGCUGUCCUCAUCCAUUCCUUUCUCUGCAUUCAAUCUGCUACCUUCAGUCUGACAGUUUAAAGGAUGCUUACACAAGCAUUGGUAGCUCUUUGGCCUCCCUGGCUUUUUGCUCUAACAUCAUGCAUCAUUUAUGCAUGUGUGUCUCUCAAAGAGGACAGCCCAGGAAAAGUCAUGAUUAUGCUAAGUGGAGGGAUAGGGAAGGAACUGUCAGACCCCAAAAGGCAGGUUUGUAACCUCUCUUUGCUGAGCCCAUUCCUUCCUCUGCCUGCAGUAGCUGCCCUACAGCCAAAUGGCCUGAGGUAGGAAACGGGGCACAAUGCUGACAAGAGAUCUGGGAAGGGACAAUCUCUUUUAGCAGCAUAAUCAGGGAUUGUUUGGGGGACUACCUCCUACUGAACUCUUGCUUCCAGUUUUUUAUGGAUGGAAGGCAAGCCCUGCCUCCAUUGAGGGAUCCAGUUACUGUAGGCACCCCAGCUGGGCCUGGUUGCAGGGUACCAAACUCCUGCAGAGCUGGUCAGAGACAGGAGUGAGCACUUUGGGAUGCCAUGGAAGCUGGAACUGUUCUCUGGCUACUCUUCCUGGUGCUCUACUCACUGCCCACUGCACCCCACACCAAAGGUGAUGCACAGAGCUGUGUGGGCAGCACACACUGAUGGUGCCACUGCCCUUGACUCAGUCUUCUUGCAGGAACCCACCCAGGUCACCACUGUGAGGGCCAGAAGAGGACAGCCCCUGCGUCACCUGCUGGUGGUUGGGCAGGAGCAGAACCCUCUUGCUGACUCUGCAUGGCCUUUGUGAACACAGCCCAGCACGACAAGCCACCCAGUCCCUCUGCCUGGUUGCUUUUCCCCCCUCUGUCUCUCAGAAAGAGGAGGCAAAAAGGUCUGGUGCUGCUCCACUCAAUGCCCAGCUCUCCUCCCAGUGGGCACUCUGGGGAGGUCAGCUGGUGAAGCAGAAACUGCCCCUGUACAGGCCUGCCCAGAGAUAUCUCUCCUUUGUGUUCUGGAAAUAGUUGAAGACAACCGGUGUCUGUAGCAAGCAUCCCAGUCCUCCUCCCAGUUACAAGCCAGCUUUAGCUGAGUGUGGGUUUUCAGGCUUGUCAGGGGAAGCUUAUCUAUUCAAAUACAUAAUUUAUAAAAGCCUUUUCUUACUAGUUGUGUUAAAUUUGCCUCUUGAAUCUAGAUUUUGUAAACCAGUCCUCUCCAAGAGCCUGGCAGAGGAGCCAGAUAUUAGGACCACCUUCAAUAGGCGAUUGCUUGUCUGGAUCCUUUCUGAUCUGUUGUAAAAGCAGCAGGAUGUUAAUUUGGAUUCUAAACAGCUGGCUGCUUUUGAUGAUGCAUCUUUCCUUUAUUAAUUUUUUCUCAUACCUUGGUGUUAGACCAAACAGUUGACAAAAGAACAGAUACUGUUCUUCAUGUGUUGCAUGUGCUCAGAAGUGCUUUUGUGAGAGCUGGGACAAUUUGUUUUCUGUUUUCCAUUUUUUAUAUUUUUUUAAAUAUAUCAGCCAGGUGGCAGGAGCUCUUUCCUUGUUUCCCCCUUCACAUUGACAUCAGCUCACCAUCUCAACACUGAUUAACCAGAUGAAUGACCUGACUGCAUUGUGAAAACUCAGGAAGCAGUUGCUUUUGCUCCCAAGCUUACAGCAUGGUGCAGCUGCUCUUCUGUGUGCAACGAGGUUACUGAAUUCACAGAGAUUUCUUUUUCUCAGUGUAGACAUGCUUUGGGCCUGAACCAGGAAAAACACUAGGAAAGAAAACAGCUUUGAAAAGAGAACAGGCAAAAGAGGACAGACCUGUCACAGUAGUGAGAUGCCAUUCCACUAGUAAUUGUUUUUUUUUAAUCAAGAAUAUGCAGGAGAUGCUACUUCCAGAACAGUAUCAUUGGGCAGGAACAGUCAAUUAUCACAUACCUUGCUUGAAAAAGUUGAUGCAAAGACUGAAGAAAACCACUGAGGUGGUACUGUACAUAUGCUGUGUAUACAACAAAGUACUAAUGGAUUAUGUAUUUUUAUCAGAAUGUACCCUUUGUGCACCAUCUGAGCUUCCUCCAUGUCACUCUCCAGCAGCUUAAAGGUUGCAGCUAACAGCAUGUUCACUCCUCCACCAGGUACUGUUCCCUUCCUUCUUGCUCCCACUGUGUGUGCACAGCUUUCUUGCAUUUCCUUCUUUGUAACUGUGCUGGGACAAGGACCCAGCUCCUUUACAAACAAUUCUGGCUGCUGCAGACCACAGGAGCCAUGCCCUGCAUCCAGUCUCCAAGCCUUGGGCCAGCCCUGCUCCAAAGGGCUCUUGUCAGCACAUUGAUCACUGCCCUUGACUUUAUGCUUGGCUCCAGUGUUGGGGGUUACUGAGUGCUCCCAGAGCAGAGGUACCUGGAUGGGCUGUGUUGAUUUGUGCCUCUCUUCCUACUGCUCACCACCUGGCAGAGUGUGAAUUGGCAUCCAGCUGGGGCUCUGAGCUGGGGCAGCUGAAAGCUGGACAUUCUCCUUCUUCAAGUGCCCCAGCCUGGGGUAGAAAAGGGGAAAGGUGGGGAUAUGCUAGAUGUCAAUAACUUAAAUUGCCCCUGAAGAUAGGGAGCUACUGGAGCCCUGAUUCUACCUUGCUUUAGAGAUGUUCUCCUGAGGUCACCUCCCCACUGUCAGCUAAAGCAAUGCUCACAGCACACUUCCUGUAGGAAGCACCAUUCCUUCACCAAUGCAGACCUGUCCCCCAGCAUCAUCUUCUGGAAGCCUUUGGUUUCCAAUGGAUUUUAGGAAUUGCUGAAAAGGAGGUACAUUACAAAAGACUGCUUUCAAGUGUGGGCAAACUGAACUUCUCCUCAGAAUAAAAAAAAUUUUCUUCAAAUUUUUUUCUGUUCCCCUUGCCCUGAAAGAAGGGAAGAACCAUGUUAUCUGUGAUUUUUUUUUUCCCCAAGGUCCAUACAGUGCCAUGUUCUGGAAAAAGUUUGGUGAGGUUUUUGAAACCAAACUGACUGAGCUCUCAAAUUUGAUCCAGUGAUUUGUUUCUUUAGCAGUCAGAACAAGCAGCUGCUCUUUUUCUGUUUACUUUAAACAGCCCCCUAGACUGUCAAGACAGAAUAUUUGCGUUGCUAAUACUUUUUAAGAAAGCUGUUAUUGUAUCAGAACAUCCAGUGUAAUUUCAUGUGCUGUGAACCAGUGGGGGUUUAUUUAAGAGGAGCUGAAACUACUGUUGCAGAGAAAUCAAUUUCAAAAGGUUUAUUUUCCCCACUCACUUGUAAGUUGCACUUUGCCAGAUGUAAUUUAUGUGGAGCUGAGAACUGUUUUCCCUUCUCUUGAAGAAAGCAUGUGCCAGAAUCUGUUUAAUGCCUGGAAUAAAACCAACUUUGAAACAAGUGAUUCAGCCUGUUCUUAUUUCCCCUUGCU